GUUUCACAAAUGACUCUAUCAACAUUUAAUCGAGUAUGGUGCAAGGUAAUGCUACAGAGAUAUAUGGGUGCAUGGCUGGACAAUAAUUUAUCAGUGGAUCAGUUAUCACUCGAAUUAGCAAAUGGAUGUCUUGAACUUGAUAAUUUAGAUAUUAAUACAAAGGCUGUCAGCAAUGGAUUUCUACAAUGCAAUAUUCCACUGAAACUAAUCGACGGAUACUUGGGGAAAAUCAAAAUUGAAAUACCGUGGCUGAGCUUGAUGACGGACCCAACCAGAAUGUGCAUUGAAGAUUUACAGUUAACGUUUAGAGGAGCCGAAGUUAUGAAAAUAAACGACAUUGAAACUUUAACAUCGAUGAUUGAGAGUGUUCUGAUGGGACUGAGUACAGACGACAUGGCUCGAAGUGUCUACGAAGAAGUAUCCAAAGAAAAUAAUGUUGCAAGUGAACUGUUGGGUCCAGAUGAUACUGCUGACAGCUUCUCUGGCUUCAUUGACGCCGUUUAUUCUCGUUUUUGCUUGAAGAUCAAACAUUUAACACUUCGAUUCGAAACCGAUCCAAAGAACAGAUCAACUAUGGCGACAGCACUCGAAAUUCGUGUCGAAACGAUCACAUUUAUGGAUGAGCAGAUGCGUUCUUGUGAGAUGGACCACACAAAUGCGACCGACUUAGUGACCACUCAACCACAUGGUGUCGUCUCAACCACCAAUUUGAGGAAGAAUCUUACAUUUUCUGGUGUUACUUUCCAUACCGAUGUCUUCUCUCAAAUCAACAAUGACGGAAUGGGUGACGAAGAGAAUGUUCUUAUUACCAGCAUGCAUAUCCGUAGAGAAAAAGCCAAGCAGAUGUCGCCAACAAAGUCGGUACAAAAUUCAUUACAUCCAGAAAUGUUUCAAUCUGCCAUGAGCGACAUGGACGCAUUUCAUUCUUGCUAUGAUAAACUGACACAAGAUUAUUGCUCGCCUGAUCAGCUCGAGACCUUGCGGACAGCUCCCGCCGAGCCGGAGCUUUUUUCUGCUCCAAUUCAAUGCGCAGAAGUUGUCGGGGAUAUUUCGUGUGUAUUUCGGAUAAAAAACGGUGCAAAUGAUGUCAAUUAUGCUGAUGUCGAUGAAUCUAAGGUGGAAACUGAUGUUUUCAUCAAAGGUAUUAAUGUUUUUGCAACACCUUCACAAAUUGAAAUUGUUAACAGAUUCUUCUCAUCCAUCGUGACACCAAAAGAACUUGUAGUUCACGAGCAAGGAAAACCAAUGAGUAAAGAAGAUUAUGAGAACAUGACCAAGAACAUGGAACCAAACCAAUCAAAUGAACCUCCAAUGGCUGGCGCUUCUUUUGGCGGUAACUGGAAUGUUGGAGAAGUGUUCCGAGAAUUUGAUGAUUUGAAAUCCAUCAAAGAAAAGGAGAAGAGCGAGAAAGAAAAAUUCAAAAGUCUAAAAGCCAGCGGAAACAUCAAGGAAGAAUUUACAGUGAAUACGCAUAUUGGGACAGUUCUCAUGUACAUUCCUCAUUGUGAUUAUAUGUCAUCGGACUACGCUCAACAACAUGGAGGAUAUGCAAAUGUGUUAAACUAUCUUAAGAAAGAGUCUGAAUCAUUCUUCAAAUCUAUUCAAGGAUACUCGUUUAUGUCAAAGCACGGACUUGCAAACAUUCGACAACAAUCCGAUUCAUUCUACCCAAAAGAUCAUCUUCGAAUUGUUGGUGGAUCUCUUGGAAUCACCUCAAGCUGUAAGCGAGUCGGAAACGUGGAUUCUUUUUUAUGCCGAGUUGUUGCCACUCAUUUUGAUAUGUUGGAAUAUCUCACACCAGAGAGCGCUCCUGAAAACAGUACUCCUAUUCGAAUCGGACUACUUGACUAUUCCGAGCAGGAAAACUUGGAAAGUGAUCCCAACUUCAAAAUGGUAUUGAGCACUUCCUCUGAACAGAAAGGACUGACAAAAGUUGAUAUCCUGUUGGGAGCCGUUAAGACUGAACUUGACUUUUCUAUUAUUGACCGCAUCUCAAAUCUUAUUGCAUGCAGACCAUUCUUCGAUGAGGCCUUGACAAAUUAUGGCAACCGAAACACAGUGCCGCAAUUGAAGGACGAUCUUUACUCGGAUGUGUUAAUUGCAGAGGAUGACGUAAAGUCGAAGACACUGGUCAAUUUGAAAUGCUCAAAUUGGCAAGUUGAUCUGCGGAUACCGAAAGCAGACCUUCGUGAUCCAACUGGUUCCCGACUCCCGUUCUCUCAAAGACACGUGCAUAAUGAGUUUCUUCGCUUGGGAAUCAAAGAAAUUGAUGUGUCGAUUCCAAUAGAGAAAUCUGUUACCCUGAUAGAAAUUCUGUGCACGGAAAUGAUUGGAGACUUUUGUGGUGAAGGGCUUAAUAUUCCUAAACAACAACAACGAAUUCUACAUGCGUCAAAGAAUGGAUUCGAUAAAAUAAAUUUGAAGCUUACUCUCUGCUCUGAUGCGAAAAAACUGCCCGGUUGUGGAAGGAAAACUUCAACUAGUGGGAUCCCAGACAGCAUGAUGAAGUCAGUGUCCGCGGAUAUAAUGAUGGCACACCCGAAAAAAGAAGGUCCGUUCUCGAAAGUUCCAAGGUCAUACUGCUCUCAUGAUGGCGAAGAAACGGAAGAAAUCAUACAAGCUGGGACCAGAAAAGAAAUACUCGAUUUCCAAGAGGAAUGUCAAAACUUUGCAUCUACCUUCAUGCUCUUCACAGUUCCUGUUCUGAAGCUUCAUAUUCCGGAGAAAAACUUCUUGGAAAUUCUUUACAACCGACUGGUUAAUGAUUUGGCUCUUUUCCAACCUGCAGCUCCAGCGUUCCGCAACAACCAAAGCACUAACUCGAACGUUCAACCUUUGGAAUCGUUCCAAGAAUGUGUCUCUCCAAAAAAUUAUGCUGAAAGUGAGCACUCUGAUUUGGAUGAUGAUGUGGCGACGCUACAUGAAAGUAUAGAAAGCUUGAACUUUGAUAGAGACAUACCUCACACGUUUGUCAUGACGCUCAACGCGAACAAGUGUACAGUUCUUUGCAAUACUGCAAUCAAAGAGGCCGAAAAACAACCAGAAUCUUCACAAGUGUCCUUAGAUCUCGAAAAAGUGCAUAUUGGCACAACUGCUGGUUACCAUGGAGACAUCAACCACACGUACUUCCAUUUUACUUCUUCUAAAGCUGCAGCGGGGAGCAUCGAUUCACCAAGAGCGCCUCGAAUUCCAAACUUAAUUUCUGCAAAAGAUUUUGGAAAAUGGACGAAAGAUUGCAAUCAACUAGAACAUGUUCCAAUAACUGAUGAAUUGAGCAGUGGUUCUACAGAAGAUGCGUUUGCGGUUGCUCUUCACAUGCAUUUUAGGCCUGAUGUUAACAUGAAGGAUGUUCUUUUGGGAAUUGCCCUUCGGAAUUCUCAAUUACAAGCAAAACCCUUCAGACACUGGGGUGCAUUUUGGAUUACUCAAUUGGCUGAUCUCUUUACACUUCAAGAUUAUGCUAUACCUGGAUACGAACUGCCAAGUGUUUCAACUGAUCUUCAUAUUUGCUUUGAAAAUGCAAUAAUUGGAUAUGAUCACGCAUGGGUGAACCCAAAUAGCAAACUGAAAUUACGGGCCACUCUCGGACAAUGUAAUCUUGCAAGCUCUAUUGUUUCGGAUAUGAAUAUUUCGAAAACUCUAUGCAUUUUUGAAAGUUGCCGUUUGUAUAUGAGUAACGAUUUAACAAAGGAUGCCGUUCGUUUUGAAGGAUACGGAACGCAGAAGGUAUCGCCGAAAAAGUUUAUUCCGUUCCUUGACCUUGGAUCAGUUCAACUCGAUAUCCUAUUUGCGGUUGGAGACGAAACCGGUCUAAGAACGAAUCCCACAUUCGAAAUCCGCUGUCAAAACGACAUCAUAAACGCAUGGGCCUGCGCAGAUUCCCUUGCUACUUUUAUGAAGACAGUAAUGGAAUACACUAGUCAUGAACAAAUCCCAAUAAAAACGCCGGAAGAAGAGUCACAAGAAUUGAUGAAAUCAACAAAAACAGAUGAUAUCAAUAAAAGUGUCGCCGGGGAGUCUGUAUGGAGUGAUGCUUCAACAGGAAGUAAGCAUAUCCAAAAAAUGACUGUCGGGGCCAAUUUACCGGAUGAUGUUGAAAAAAGAAUUCAAGCAAUGAUUCAAGAGGCAGUUAAUGAAAAUGAUGAGAGGGACGGUAUCGCAAUUGGAGAAGACGCUGUUCGAGAAUUUGCAACUAUUCAGCCGAAACAUGAUGCGAAUGAAACAAACGAAAGCUUCGAGCAUGUUGCGAGCAGAAACUUCAGUGUUACCGACGACGAGUUCUGCAUGGUGGACGACAACAUUUUCGGAUCAGGAAUCACCAUUCAACCAGGAGAAUCCCGGACCAGGCCGAUGCCAGCCAAACAGUUGCCCGAAGAGCCUCUGAUAAACGGUUCAGAGUUCUUCCAGACGAUUGAAGACAGUGGUAGUGAUGCUUUAUAUCAGACAAUGUCUGGGCAAAUCAACCCUGUUCUCCGAUACUUCUUGAAAGAUGUGACGGUCCGACUAAGUUUGUACGCUGGAAAUGACUUGUCAACGUCUCCAUCUCCUAUCAAAACCUACUGCACUGAAGAGUACAGAAAUGGAUUUGGACCAGAACAGAAAAUUGAGCAAAACUCCACUGGAGGCCCAAAUCGCGAUCACUCUGCGUUUGUUGUCUUUGAGCUCAGCAAGAUCACUUACUUGAAACAAAUUUUUGACAAAACUGCUCCCAUGUUGUCAACAACAUUGUUCCAAGUGAAUGAUAUUGUCAUCAAGGAUUGUGUUCGUGCAAGUGAUAUCAAGGAAAUGCUUUACCAAUAUUCUGUUACAAAUCAACCACGACGUGCUACUGCUCCAAUCGUGACCGUGAGAAUGUCGGAAACUCACUCAAAAGAAGGAAAAAUGCGAGUUUCUAUGCUGCCGAUCAAAAUCAACGUUGACCAAGACACUCUGGAGUUUUUGACAGAUUUCUUUGAAGAAACUUCAAAACUGUUGGAUCUCCCGAAAAAUCAAAUGAGCAUGCCUCUCAUUCAAAGACCAGUAAUUGAAGUACCUGCUGAUAUUGGCUCAAAGAAAACAACUCCAAAGACAUCAGUUUCAUCGUCAGAAGGAGAUAUUGCAAGAAUGUAUCCAAGCAUUCCUUCUCCAUCGCUUACACUUGAACCACUUCGGCCAUCUCCUGUUCAACCACCAACUCCACUUGGCGAUCUCACUUACCUUGAAAAAAUAUCAUCGAAUCAUCAGUCACCAGUAAAAAGACCAAUUAUUGAUGCCCCGUUAACUGCUUCAGCUGUAUCAAUCGGAAAAAUAUUUGAACGUGAUGCACAUUCCGACGAAGACGAAGAGGAAAUUAUUGAUCCAAUUCAAAUGGCCGCUGCUCUUGAAAUUCGUGAACUCAACGAGGAACUCGGCAGAAUUGAGCAACUCGAGAAAAAGAAGACGGAUGACUUGUUCAAACAAUCGUAUUCUUCCUCAAGCUCUGAAACCGAAUCUGAAAGCUCUGCUCCACAAAGUUCGCAAGUGAGGAGGCUUCACGAAUCAUUAGAUGCUUCAAAUCCUACCGGACUAUCUGAUCUAACUGGAGACUGGGCUGAUGAUCAUGAUCUUACAUACACUCAUCAUGACGUUGUUAGACAGGAAUCUCCGUCUUUCAAUUGCAACAUUAGUCCAAUCAAAGGUUAUUCUCCGCCCGCAGAAUUGAGGCCUCUCAAUUUGAUGGAUUCCGAAACCGAAAGAGACUCGUCGGCUUCUCCGGUUACUUCAAGCCCAAUAAAACCUGCUCGGAAUAUCAAAAAAGAGCUCCCACCACUUAAAAUGCCACGUCAACCGCUAUCCAAUGACGAUAUUCUCAUGCGUUCGACAAUGAUGGGAUCUGUUCAUCCAUCUCAAAGUGUACAUAAUCUUGUAGAUACCAGUGAUGAUUUGGAAGAACAUGGGAAUUUCUUGGACAGUAUUGACAAUGAAGAUGAUAACGAAAAACAAAAAAUUGAGGAAGAAAUGGAAGAAGACGAAAAAGAAGAAGAAGAAGAGCGCAACAAAGAAAUCCAAGAGGCUGUGGAACGUGGUGAAACUUUCUUCAAGCAAUUUGUUUUCUCUCCAUCAGUCAAUAUUUAUGUCGAUUACCAAGGAAAGCGGAAGAUUACCAUGGAAAAAGCUGGAGCACUAGUGGGGCUUCUCAUGGCGUUUGGACAACUCAACCAAAUGCCAAUUAACUUACGGAAAAUCGAUACUCGCACAGGAUUGUUGGGCACCGGACGUUGUAUGCAGCAUGCCAUCGGCGAGUGGUCAGGAGAUUUGCUCACAAACAUGCCAAGUGUGAUUGCAAGCUACGGGCCGAUAAGUCCAUUGGUUCAAAUCGGAAGAGGAGUAGUAGACCUAUUCUUGAUGCCUGUAGCCGAAUUCCGUAAAGACGAUGGAAAUGUGAUGAAGGGAGUGCAGAGAGGAGUGGGCUCAUUCAGUGUAUCAUCUGCAGCUGGUAUAGUAGGUAUGGCGCAGACAGUCACUGGAUUUGUGCAAAGUCUCGCCGAGAUGACGAUGAAGGAAAUAAAACCAGACGACCCGUCAACAAGGAGAGUUGCGAGACGAUACAACAGAAAUCACGGUAUGAACCCGACAGAUGUCCGCCAUAGUCUGCAACUCGCUUACGGAAUUCUUUAUGAUGGGUAUCAUCAGACGAGAGAUGAUCUGGAACUCGCUGCUCAGGAAGACCGGGCUUCAGGAAAUUCCGUCGUCAGAAGUGCGUUCCGUUACGCUGUUCCAACGUUCCUGGGACCUAUUGUUAUGGCUACUCAAGUCACGUACCAACUACUGGGAGGACUUCGCAACCAACUACGUCCUGAUACUUAUCAAGACGAACGUCGAAAAUGGGGUGAAAAAGAUGUACCCGGAGGUGUGAAUAAGUAAUCGGAUUUCCUCCCAAUUUUUGAUAAUUGUACAUCUUCUUAAUGUGUUUAAUUGUACACUUUUGUUAGAUUUUUUUAAAAUAUAUUCAGCAUUUCAUUUUUUUUCUUUUUUCCUCCAUUUUUGGUUAUUUUUUCUUUUCUUUUUUUGUACAUUUGUAUUUUCCCAACUGCCUUACUUAACCGCUUCUUUUUUUCAGUGUCGUGCUUGAACCCAUUCUCAUUUGAUUCGAAACAUAUUACACGGUAAUUCGCCUCAUUGUUCAUCUUUCAUCUUUCAUAACUUUUCUAGAAACUGGUUUUGAGAUUGUGUGAGUGUCUUCUUUUUUUUUUCAUUUGUUCCCCCUCCUAAUUGCUAUGUUUCUUUAAUUGUCAGAUUUGGCUUUUUUACUUGUACCCUACAUUCGCCUUACUGCAUCUAUUACACUGGAUAUCCCUUAUGCUCUCGCUGCACUCUAUGUCAAUUGUUAAUGGCUUAUUCACUUUGAAAAGUCAGAAAAUUUAAAUGAAUGUCAUCUUGG